UAGCUUCAUGCAACAUUCCAGCUAUACCUCUCAUUGAUUUUGCUCAUCUUCUGUCCUACAAUGGCUUUCUGUCUGCAAUCACCUUUGUGCCUUUUCAUUGUUUUUCUUCUCUUACAAACACUAGGCGGCAAGGCUGCAACCUGUAAUGACUGCUUUGUUCAAUCUCGAGCAGCUUAUUAUCCGAAUUCUGAAACACAAGGAACAGAUAGAGGUGAAUGUGGGUUCGGUUCGUUUGGAGCAACAAUUAAUGGUGGGGAUGUGUCAGCAGCCUCUGACCUCUAUCGCAAGGGGGUUGGAUGUGGUGCUUGUUACCAGGUGAGGUGCACAAACGGCGGCUACUGCUCAGACAAAGGAGUAACUAUAGUUAUAACAGAUUCAGGCAGCAGUGAUCACACAGACUUUAUCCUCAGCCAACGAGCGUUUGCCCGGAUGGCUCAAACAACUGAUGCAGCUGCUUCUCUAUUAUCUCUUGGUAUAGUUGAUAUUGAAUACAGACGUGUUUCAUGCAGCUACCCCAACAAAAAUAUCACAAUUAAGAUCGAUGAGAACAGUAACUAUCCUUAUUAUUUGGCUUUUGUACUAUGGUACCAACAAGGCAAGAAAGAUAUCACAGCUGUCCAGCUUUGUGAGACAGAAAACUUUGUCUGUAAGUUACUGGACCGGACUUAUGGAGCAGUUUGGACAACUAACUCACCUCCAACUGGACCCCUGCAAAUAAGGAUGUUAUUCAGUGAUGAUGAUGGUGAUGAGAAUUGGGUUGUUCCAGUAAAUAACAUACCACAAGACUGGAAAGCUGGACAAACAUAUGACUCGGGAGUUCAAGUUAACAUAUAAACAUCCAGCAGAUUCUAUAGUUAUAGACCAUCAAUUUUUCUUCAUUUAUGAGUAUAACGGUCAUUUCUUUUUAUGUAAUCUUUCUGCAUCAUUCAUUAAUGUUUUUCUUUGCAAAUAGAAAUAUGCUUGAAUAAGAGGAUUAGCAGAUCAGCAGGAUUCCUUAAUGAAAACAUUAUUUUGUAAUUUCCAACCUAAA